UGCACUGUAACAUAUGUGAACAUAAGGGAUAUUGGUACCCCUGUUGGUAUGUUUGAGGGUUAUGUUUACGUCUGUCAAUGUCAAAGUUGAGAGGGAAACGAAUAAGGAAGUGUUGAAUAAGAUUCUAGAUUUCUGAAAUCAAAUUUCUACUUGAUUCCCUGUUUUUAAAAGUCUUUAUGAGUGCGUGUUCCAAAGUACUACUGAUGCACAGUUCUAUAAGACAAGGAAAUUGUAUCUUUUUUAUCCUGAAAAUUUGUAGGACACCUAAAUAGCACGUUUCAAACGUAACCAUUGCACAAUUUUCAUUUUGAUUACUACUUUAAUUUAAAAGGACCUAGAGUAUAAUUACUAUAAAAUAACAUGAAACUGGAUCUUGAUAUGGGAAACUUAUAUGCAAGAUUAAUGUUGUUGUGACUAUAAUAGUUUUGAUGCCACUGAAUUGUGUUCUUAAAAGUUCAAUAUGGUAUCUAAAUCUGAUGAAAAUUUCAUGAAAAUGGAAAUAUAUGGAGAUAGCACUGAUCAAGGAUAUGGAACAUUAUCAGAAACUUCAAGCACAUGUGAUUUCAAUGAGAUAAAGAACGAUACUGAAGAAGCUGAUGAGCAGACUGACUUUAAAGUCAUUAUAUAUGAGUUCAAUGAUGACAUAGAAAUUGUAGUUCAACCAGUUUCAAAAUAUGAUGGAAAAGAUAAUAUAAGGUUUCACAAACUUUUGACAAAAAGUAAGAAGAAUAAAGGUAAAGUUUACAAUUCAACAAUUUAAUGUAAUUUUUUUUCUGAUACUGUAUUUCUUCUGUUACCAUGACCAACUUAAAACAAUGCUGAUUAGCAGCUCACAGAGAUGUUGCACUGCACCAUCAUGGUUGACUGUCAGGUGGUUCAAAUACUGAGUAUUCACAGAUACUGCAAGAAUGGAUGCUUGCUUCCCAUUUCAUCUGUCUGUAAGACUAGACCUAAUAACACCUAUACCGCACUAAAGAGUUGCUGAUGAGCAGAAAACAGUCCUAUCUGUGGUUGGUCAUGGUUACAGAAGACUGAAAGGAAACAUGUUCAUUUCUGGUGUGUCUGUUUAUGCUUAGCUGGUUUGCUCUGUCAAUACCUAGUGUUCUAACCAGUUGACUGUGAUGAUGUGGUGCAACAUCUCUCGGCUUAGUGCAGAAUGACAAGUGGUAAUGGGCUAGAGACCAUAAGGGAAUUAUAAUAACUUGCAGUAAUUGCAUAUAUUUGAAGGAUGGCAUACAUGUCAUAGACUUAUGUACAUUUUUUACAUUUAAUGCAGAAAAGAAACUACCAUGGGCACCUCAAAUACUCAGACCAAAAAGCAUUUUGACAGAGAUGCCAUCACAAGGACUGACCAAAAUGCAAGGUCUUGGUUUGGGUAAACAACCUGAAACGAUAAAAAUUCCUACAACAGAAACAUAUGCUGUUCCAAAAAAACAAAAACCAUUGUUAAGUGGUGAAAUUAAAAAAGAGCCAGAAUCUUAUAGAAAUGUUAUGGUGGAAACAAAAUUUGUUAAGAAGCAAGAAGAAAAAUCAUUGUUGGAUGAACAAAUAAAACAAGAGCCAGAAAUUUGUAGAUCACUUACAGCAUGUACACAUUCUGUUAAACAAGAAAAGACAUCUUUCUUCAAUCAACAAAUUAAAAAUGAUACAGAAGUAUCCAAUAAAAUAACAGAAACAUACUCUUCCAACCAACAUCAGAAAUCAUGGAUAGAUUUUGUGAAUAAGAAAAUCAAAGAAGAAGCAGAGGCUAGCAAACCAAAUGCACAAAAUAUAUAUUCCUUAAUUCAAGAGAAGAAACCAUGGUUGAAAAAUAGUUUCAGUUCUGAAUUUGAUAAGUUUCUUCUGUAUAAAAAAGAUCCCAGCCUGAUUCCAAAACCGAUUCCAGAACCUGUAAAACCAAAAAUGAGUAUUGAGGAGAGGUUGAAAAAUAGGUGUGCUGUAUAUUAUGCAGGAUUUGAGUUGUGCGCCAGAGUAAGACCAAGAGAAAAUAAGAGAACAGGACUAAGUAAUCAGCAAAUACUCUUUAGACAAAAAAUCUUGAACAGUCCUUCCAUUCGACCUAAACGUCCUUGUGACGAUAUCCAUCAGAACACGUUUAAAAUUGUCAAACACAACGAAAAAGUACUUCUAGACCGUUUAAGAACUUGUGACAUUGAAGAAGACACAUAUCCACUAAACGAAAAAAUUGUGGAAUGGCAGUAUAAUCAGUUGAAGAGAUACUGGCAGUAUAAUAUUUAUGCAACAAGGUCCAAGAUACAUGGUACGGGUCUGUUUGCAGCAAGACGCUUACAAAAGUGCUGUAUGAUUAUUGAAUACAUAGGAGAGAUAAUUAGGUCUGAAGUUGCAGAAUGUCGAGAAAGGAAAAAUUUGAUGAAGAAUCGGCUGACAUACAUGUUCAGAUUAGAUGAAGACAGGGUAGUUGACGCCAUGUAUCACGGAAGUCUAGCAAGAUACAUCAAUCAUUCCUGCGAUCCAAACUGCUUUGCAGAGAUUAUAGAAUUAAAAGGAGAUCUGCGGAUUAUACUGUUUGCCAAAAGGGACAUUUACGAGAAUGAAGAGCUUACUUACGACUACAGGUUAGAUAAAGAGGAUGAAAGUCAAAAAAUAGCGUGUCUAUGCAAAUCUUCUAAAUGCCGGAAAUAUAUGAACUGAUGGAUUGUUGGCAGAGAUUUCACACGAUAGAAUCGGGAAAGAAAGAUCAUCAUGUUAGAAGGAACCCACUGAUAGUGGAACUGUGAUAAAAUGUAUUUUUCUAUUUUAUUACUCAGACUAGUAAUAUUGAGUCAAGUAUUUAAUUUCAAUUUAACGCUUUAAUUUUAUAAGGAGUUUUUUCUUUCAUUGUGUUUGUAUAUGCAUGAACAUUUACAGUUGGCUGUUUAAUAAAUAGUUUUUAUAUA